AUGUCAUUGGCAGCUCGUAUACCUCACACCUUAAAACAAGUUCGACCUGUUCUUUCAACAGAUCAUGCUGAAGCCAAAAGACGUGUGCUAAAUCUGUACAAGAUUUGGCUUCGACAAAUACCCUACAUUCGUGUUGAUUAUAUUAAAAACAAUUGGACAGAACCACGUUUACGCGAUAUUAUCAAGGAAAACUUCAUGCGUAAUAAAGAUGUAACAGACGUACGUGCUAUUGAUUUACUUGUUGUACGUGGUCAAAUGGAUUUUGUUGAAACAGCUGAAAUCUGGCGACAACAACAUAAUGUUGCUGUUUUUGAUAGCACGAAAAAUACAUAUAAGAAAAAACCAGCCAGUUUUCUCGAACGUUUUUACGAAGGAUAUUAA